CUUUGUCUGUGUGCAGUGACAUUGGCAUGUUGCUGGGAUUAGUUGCGUGCACAGACACUGGGUUGCUCACAUUGGAGGCUAUGCUCAGGCGGGUGAUCUGCACGUCUGUGCAUGCUCGGUCCUUGUGCAUUCGGCUGCACUAUGUGCACUGGGAGGGGCUUUGUUGGUAGCAUGGGAGUGUUGACUGCGUGGGUGGGGGCAUGGAGAGUCACUGUUCGUCCAGCUCAGGGGAUCCUGCCAGUGGCGGUUUUAAGUGCGGGCUAGCAGGGCGGGCGCCCGAUUCGCUGCGGUCUGAGGCCGCAGUCAUUGCACCAGCGCCAUCAGCACCCGUCUGCUGCCUGCACCACAAUGCCCCACCGCUUCCUGCUCCAGCCGGCCGCCCCCCAUCCUGGCCACUUCACGCUGCCCGCACCCCACUGCGGAAGUAUGACAAGAACAUAGAGUCGGAGGACCACAGGCGCCGAAUGAGCCUUUCUCUGUAGAUGGCUUUAAAAAGCAGAGCACACUCCCUCAGCAAUCACUUCAAGACCUCCUCAUCCAGAACAACGCAAGGACACAGAGAAGAUGGACAGAUCCUUUGCCUCAGUAGAAUGGCUUUCCCAAAGCAGCCGGAAUGACACAGCAGCCUGCAAGGUAAUGCCCAGCUUGCCUGCAAUGCCAACGGACAGUCAGAGUACAUUCUAUACAUGGAGCCCUGUUAUGAGACCAGUGACAAAGAUUGCCCAUGUGGCUCCAUAUCCAGGAACCCAGAGACAGACCUAUUUGGAGAGUAACUAUGCAUCACCACAACCCUGGGACAAUCAUCAGUCCUUUAACUCCAGUGACUGUGAAGUUUCACAUUAUAGAACGGACAGCCCAAGAUUGCCUUUUUUCACCGAGUCAUCACAUAAAGACUUUCAGGCAUCACAGAGCCCCACCUGCAGUGGACAAUCAGGUAAAGUGUUUGCCAACAAGACCCAGGACUCCACCAGCUCACAGGAGUUUCCUACAUCCAGUCAGGAGGUAUAUGAGAAGCCAGCAGACAAGACCAACCUCACUGAGAACAUUGCUCGCACUGGUUGCAGUCCUAGCACUGAUUCUGGCUAUGACAGUGAAACCAGUCAGUCUGGUUCUACCACCCCAAUAGAAAGUGUUGCAGAGGAGUCAUCGGACACAUCUGAUGAGGAGAGUAAGAUGGGCCGCAGGCUGAGAACGGCCUUCACCACUGACCAGAUUUCCACUCUGGAAAACACCUUCCAAAAACACAGAUACUUGGGGGCAUCAGAGAGGCGGAAACUUGCAGCCAAGCUCCUGCUAUCUGAAGUCCAGAUAAAGACUUGGUUCCAGAACCGCCGGAUGAAACAUAAGCGUGAAAUACAAGAGGGAAGGCAGGGGCAAUUUCACCCUGCCCAUUUCUACAGUGUCUAUGGAUACCCAGCACAACCCAUUCCUGCUUUCCAGUACAUGCAGCCCGGGAAGCAGUUUUACACAGAGAACACCCUAGUGGAUCCCAUAUCUGCAAACUAUCCCAGCCCACUCCCAGCCAUAGACACCCUGCAUUCUUUCAACUCUCCUCCAGUUUCUCUGAUGUACCUGCCCCAGCAGACAGUAAUGCCUCCCAAUGUCCGUCAGCGAGAACAUCAGUUUGUGAGGUAUUAACAUACCAAAGCAUUGUAUUCUCAGAUGAGAGUCAGGACUGAGCAAAGACUUUUAUGAAAGAAGCUCAUUUACAUUCCUUUUGUACAGGAAAGCUAUUUGCACUGGGUAUUUAAUUUAUCGGCAGAACUUUGUUUACAGGAGAAUAUGGGUGACAUAUUUUAUUAUAAAAAAAAGAAAAGAAAAGAAAAACAUAAUUUAUAUUGAAAAGUCUAAGAAAUAUG